AUCGUCGGCACCUCCAUGUCAGUGRCAUUUUGUCUGAUUAAUCUCGCAAGAAAAGGAAGUACUUCCACUACAAAAAGCUGAACGACUCAGCUAUAACUUAGGCUUCAAAUAGAAAAGAAAGAACAGAAAUCGGUCUUGAAUUGAACAAGAAAUCAAGGUGCAAAGUUCUACAACAAUUCGCUUGGUUGUGUAGCUCUGCGUGGGUGGACUUUGAGGAAUCUUGAAGCGACGGUCUGUGUUUAAAUAACAUGGUUUGCUCUUAGAAUCACUGGAUCUUGUCAAUAAUAUGAGUGUCGUCAAUUAAGAUUCAUUUCGGCUGGGAUUUAUUGUAAAAUUYGGUGUCUCGCUGAAUUAGCCGGGCAUCGAAGCCGAUAUGCCUCGACAAUCAAUAGGUGUUGUGAAUGCUCUGAAUCGCCGACAAAAUGGCUCAUCUUUUCCGACUGACCAAAGAAACCUUCUUCAUUAUGUCGAAGAGAAGACGGCUUCGUCUUGUCACAGAGAAAAGAAUUGUGAGUUGUCAGGUACCCCAAGGUCAACAUUUCUAGUGUGUUUCAGUCAUGAUCGGAGUAAGAUGGCAUCCACCCACGGCGACCAUACCAUACGUGUUGUAAAUAGUUUCACUGGUAACUAUGUACGUACACUUCGUGGUCACCCAAGGACACCCUGGUGUGUGUCAUUUCAUCCUUCAAAUAAUAAUCUAUURGCUUCUGGUUGUCUUGGCGGCGAAGUAAGGAUAUGGGACCUCAUGGGUGGAUGUGAGGUAUAUACCCCUCCUGACAGAGCAGUGAUUGCAUCCAUCUCAUUCCAUCCAAUUGACCAUGUGUUGCUAAUAGCAACAAGUAAUAAGAUCUAUUUUUGGCAGUGGGAACAACCUCAGCCUUUUGCUUGUCUGCAAACUAACUACAUGGAAGAAAAAGUCAGAUUGGUGAAGUUUUCGCCGUUUGGUGAUUAUAUUUUAACUGGUAUUACUAACUGUAGUCACGCGGAAUCUAAUACACAGCAAAAUAGGACUCAAGCUUCAGUUGAUCAAGUUCUUCAGUCAGUUAGCUGUACUCAACUUGACAGCGACCAAGUCACUGAGUACAUUAUGCAGCAAACCGGCGCGCAUGCGCAGCGAGGACAGGAAAGCAGUGAUGACGUCACCCAGUCAGAACCAACCACAUACCAGGGGAUGACUUCAAGACCUAGUUCCAGUCAACCUCCAAGUACUAGUCAAACUGCAACGUCCAGUGGCGAUGCGCAAGCGCACACGAGAAGCGAAGACGCACGACCUGUACGUAACUACCGCGGGGUUUUCGCGCUUUUUCGGGCRAGGGACAGCGGAGGAUGGAACAUCGACACAUCUGAGAUAGACAGCGACCCCACAGACGUCAGCCGUUCUAAUGUUUUAUUCAGCRGUAAUGCCACAGAGAGCAUGAGCGUUGAUAGGGUCAACACAAUGUCUGAGAGCGUCACCGUUGAUACGAUGUCUGACUCGAGAUWCUCUGUACCCAGUUCCUCCAAUGUCACGGUCACGGCCACCACAGGGAUCUCAGAAGAAGAAAAUCAAGACAUGGAGAGCGGUGAGAACUCCAGAUCGUCAUCACCUGCUACGGUGUCGUCAUCAUCUCUACCUAUGACGUCAUCAUUCAGUGCUACAACAUGGUCGUCCUCAAUUACRUCAUCUUCAUCGUCAUCAAUGUCAUCGUCGUCAUCAACGUCGUCGGUGUCAUCUUCAUCGUCAUCAUCGUCUUUAUCGUCGCGUUAUUCCGACAAUACGUCGUCCUUGGCAAAUAUUCUACAAGAAGAUCAAAAUGUCGAAUUGACUCCGGCUAGUACCUCGGGUCUACAAGAAAAUAUCUUGAAUACAGCGAUWAACGAGUCCGUCGUCAGUGCUUCCGGUAACGARGACGUCUCACAAAGCAUCAGCUUCCUYAAUCCAUCWAACAGAGGAAAUGACGUUAGUGUUGCUAUGACAUCRUCCGAUGUUGCCAUGGACACUAAUGAUUACAGACCKUCAGUUUCAAGCACUGGGGCAACUGUCAUGGAAACRUCUGAGCAUCGUUCGAGGAGCGUCAGGUCGUCGGGURUCAAUGUCCAAAUCGAAAGCGAUUCGGGUUCAUCUCGGGAAAAUCCCGAUCGAUAUGUAUCAGGCGUUGGGUCUGUCGUCAAUGUGGGAGCAGCAAGCUCUAGAACGAGCUAUGUUGCGCAUGGCAAUAACCACAGUUCCAGUCUUUCGACUCUUUCGCACCAAGAAGGGUCAGGAACGGCCAUUGCUACUGCCACCGCGCGAACCUUCAGACACGUACAUACCGCCGUGGUUAUCGCUAAUGGCAACGAAGGUGGACCACAAAUUGCACUCAGAACGGCAAUCAACCGCGCUAUUGCUGGGGCAUUUGCUGGGAGUGGAGAAGGAGCUGUUGCUAGCAAUAUUAUCAACACUACACAUCGGUUACAAUGGUGGGACUUCUCAAAGUGUGUUAUGCCUGAUAUCAAGAAUGAUACUUGUAAUGUAAUCGUGCCUUGCUGCAAAAUCCACAACGAUGCAAGCUGCGACCUUUCCUCCGACGGGACACUAUUGGCCGCGUUCGUUCCCAGUGCUUUAGGAUUCCCGGAUGACGGGAUGUUAGCCGUUUAUUCAAUGAAAAAAGACAUCCUUGGGCAGUGCUUGUACACCAAGAAGUUUG